AUGGCAGCUGCUAAUUCUAAUAAGAAAGCCAAUAGACGAAGUAGGAAAAAGAGAAGAACAGAGGAUUUCUCUUCAUCUUCUGAAUCAUCCUCUUCCGAAUCUGAAUCCGAAGCCCAAGUUGAACAAACAACUGAAGACGUUGAACUCAAAGACAAUCAAGCAAACAUAAACAUAGACGAUAUAGAAAUCGAUUCAGAUAGCGAAAAACCACUGCAUAGGGCCCCUGAGAAGUUGUCCUUGACUCAAAAGGAACAAUUGAAAAACAUACCAUUCACAACAACACCAAUUUCCAACUUGACAACUAGUUCAACUAAUUCAAUUGCUAAUAUAAAUCAAGUCAGUUCUGGAAUCGAUGAACAAAAGAAGAAUUUACAAAAUCAAUAUUUGAAACUAAUGGCUCUGGAAUUUUCUGAUGAUUUAGACGAGUUAAGAAAAAAGCCAGAUUUUACCGACAAGAGUUUGGUUAUUUUAGCAAAAACUUUACAGUCUGGAGUAAAUAUGUUCGAUCCCGAGACCUUGGCGAACGUUUUGUGA